AUGGAAUCAACAACAAAACCAAACAUCGUAAUAGUCGGAGGUGGAUAUGCUGGUAUACAAGUGGCCCAAAGUCUCGACAAAUCCGUCUCAAAAACACAUCAGAUAAUUCUCAUCGAGAAAAAGACACAUUUCUAUCACUCGGUUGGUUCAUUACGUGCAAUGGCCGAAGAGGAUUUCGAGGAGAGAAUUUUGAUCCCGUACAGUUCGCUAUUCAAAAACGGCGGGAAAGUUGUGCAUGCUACCGUCACCACAAUUCACAAAGAGGAGGUGAUUGUUAGCACAGAAACUGAAUGGGGCACUCAUAUUCCAUUCGAAUAUUUGAUUGUCGCUACGGGUAGUUCGUAUUCUGCACCGGCUAAAGUUGAUAAUACGACAAAAGAAGAAAUUGUUCCGGAGAUUAGAAAAAGACGUGAGGCUGUCAAAGAUUCCAGCAAGAUUUUAAUUAUUGGAGGUGGUCCAGUUGGCAUUGAACUUGCUGGAGAGCUUGCUACUGUAUACAAAGAAAAAACAAUCACAUUGGUACACUCUGGCGAAACUCUCCUUCAUCCCAAAUUCCCAAAGAAACUCCGAAACACUUUACAUAAACAGCUCAAAGACCUAAACGUAAAGAUGAUAUUAGGCGAAAAAGUGAUACUCCCAGACGGUGGUCUCGGCGAUGGUCUCACUUCCCAGAGCUUAGAGACUGAUAAAGGCACUACAAUCGAAAGUGACGUACAAUUUUUCGCUGUCGGUGCAAAACCAAACACAUCUCUUAUCAAAACACUUGACGCCUCACUUUUGGAAGAGGAAACGAGCCUUAUUAAAGUCGCGCCGACGCUACAAUUUGAGCACGAAGAAUUUAAACAUUUCUUCGCAGUUGGCGAUGUCACAAAUGUCAAUGAAACGAAAAUGGCUUAUCGUGCUGGACUACAAGCAGCUGUCGUCACGAAAAAUGUCGAAGCUUUGAUUGCGAAAAAGAAAUUAGCAGCAUACAAAUCGCCGCCCGAACUUAUGUUCGUUACAAUUGGUAAAACUGGUGGUGCUGCAUUAUUGCCAAUGUUUGGCGGCAUGGUCGUUGGACCUUUCAUGACAAAGAGUAUCAAAGGGAAAAGUUUAUUUAUUGACAACAAUUGGAAACUACUUACCGGUAAACCUUUUGCUGGGAAAGACGCGGCCCUUGUUAAAGAAGAGUCCACUGCUCCAGCUGAAACAACAGCUUAG